AUGAUGGUGUCUGAUAGCGGCGUCAGGAACUUCCCUCGUGUUCGAUUUGCUGUAAGUGUUGGCUACUGGAAGGACCCUUACAUCCAGUAUUUUGUGAGACAAGCCAAAGAAAGAAAAGCACCUGAAAUCAAUAGAGGUUAUUAUGCUCGUGUCCACGGAGUCAGUUACCUGAUUAAAGCCUUUCUAAAGAAGACAGAAUGCAACUGUCAGAUUGUAAAUCUUGGGGCUGGGAUGGACACCCUGUUCUGGAGACUGAAGGAUGAAAAUCUUCUCCCUAGAAAAUACUUUGAAGUGGAUUUUCCAAUGAUAGUUGCAAGAAAAAUACAUCACAUCAAAUCAAAACCUCCCCUGUCAAAACCAAUUAUGGAAUCCCAUUCAGGGGACUCUCUUCUAAUAGAUUCUCACAGCCUGGACUCCAGUCGAUAUUCCAUACAAGGAGCAGAUCUCCGUUUCUCAUCGGAGCUGGAGGAAAAGCUGAAGAAACAUAACCUGGAUGUGCAUUUGCCAACGCUGCUGGUGGCAGAGUGUGUGCUGGUUUACAUGACCCCGCAGCAGUCUGCAAGUCUCCUCAGGUGGGCAGCCAGCACCUUCCCAGUGGCAAUGUUCAUCAAUUAUGAGCAGGUGAACAUGACAGACCGAUUUGGACAGAUCAUGAUUGAGAACCUGCAGAGACGACAGUGUAACCUGGCUGGGGUGGAAGUCUGCAAGUCCUUAGACUCUCAGAGGGAGCGAUUGUUGCUAAACGGCUGGGAAACUGCACAUGCCAUUGAUAUGAUGAAAGUGUACAGCUUUUUGCCACAGGCCGAUGUCAAAAGGAUAGAAGGACUUGAAUUCCUAGAUGAAAAGGAGCUGUUUGAACAACUAAUGCAGCACUACUGCAUCUGCUGGGCUUCAAAGGACAGGAGUAAUCUGGGUCUUGCAAACAUCACGUUCUGA